CAUUCCAUUUUCCCAAAUAUCUCACAAACAAUCUCUCUCUCUCAACAAGAGCCGUCUCAGAAGAAAAACACAACUGCGAAGAAUAUGGCGACCGAUGAUGUGAACGAGUCCCUCCCGGCGGCGGCGGAAUUACCGGCGACAGAGGCGGAGAAACAACCACACAAGCUCGAAAGAAAGUGGAGUUUCUGGUUCGAUAACCAAUCAAAGAAAGGCGUCCCCUGGGGAGCUUCUCUUCGUAAAGCCUAUACUUUCGACACCGUCGAAGAUUUUUGGGGUUUGCGAGAGACAAUAUUCCAGACUAGCAAAUUGACAGCGCAAGCUGAAAUUCACUUGUUCAAAGCUGGUGUUGAGCCAAAGUGGGAAGAUCCAGAGUGUGCUAAUGGAGGAAAGUGGACUUGGGUUGUUACUGGCAGUAACAGGAAGGAAGAUUUAGACAAGGGCUGGCUUGAAACUUUGAUGGCUUUAAUUGGAGAGCAAUUUGAUGAGGCAGAUGAGAUUUGUGGUGUGGUUGCUAGUGUCCGCCCACAGGCGAAGCAAGACAAGCUCUCCUUGUGGACUAGGACUAAAUCAAAUGAAGCUGUUCUGAUGGGUAUUGGGAAGAAGUGGAAGGAGAUACUUGAUGUCACCGACAAGAUAACUUUCAACAACCAUGAUGAUUCGAGAAGAAGCCGGUUCUCUGUCUGAAGAAACCAGUGGAGACCAGAGGAAGAUGCAAUAUGGCUUUUUUCUGAUACUGUUUGGUCGGUUUACUCCAAUAGCUGAGACCUUUAGGGACAUUCACUUUGAGGUGUAACUCUACAAAGUUUUCUGUUUCAUUAAAAUGAUUUUUUGUUU